AUGGCAGCUGCGGAAGGCAUGAGCCCAGAAGAUGUAAAGAAGCACACCGUGGAAUCGCUCAGCGUCAUUCCUGUGGGAGACGGUCAUCACGGCAGAGACUUCUAUAAAUUCUUCUUCACAAAUUAUCCAGAGGUCCGAAAGUUCUACAAAGGCGCUGAAGAGUUCAAAGCUGAUGAUGUACAAAAAAGCGAAAGAUUUGACAAAUUAGGAGAUGCCAUACUACUUUUUGUGCAUGUCUUAGCCAACACUUAUGACAACGAGCCAGUGUUUCGGGCCUUCACGCGAAGAACUAUGAAGGAACACUUUGACCGAGGAGUCGAUCCUAAAUAUUGGAAGGUUAGUUAGAC